UGUGGGGCACGUUGAAACUGGGGUAACAUGAGUUCUCACUCAAGUAAAGUCGGGUAAUAUAUCUAUAUAACUAGGAAUGCUAUCAUUGUCCGGUGUCAGGUCUUUCUGAGGUGAUGCUGCAUAUAUUGCGCUGUCCUCUGCGGAGCCCUCUGACUCCAGCCCUGUGGAUAUGGCCGCGUUCCCUCUACUCCACCAACCUGUCGAUCAAGGGCCAGGGCUCCCCAGAGACCCGUUUAAACCCUCUCAACAUCCAGAUGCUGUCAAGGAAUCUGCAGGAGCAGAUAUUUCGGGGGGUUGAGCCAGAGUACAAAGAGGAGGAUAUUGAGCGAAGCAUCAGGCAUUUACAAAGGCACCAGCUGUGGGGGAAGGAGGUGUCAUUGCUGCCAGAUGUCGAGCUAAAACUUCCCCAGAUGUAUGGGAAAGACAUUAAUGAACACUUCUCAAUCUUGGCUCAGACGCAGAGUCUUCCCUAUCUUGAGGCAGCCAACCAACUGCAACAGGCCGUACUACCUCCUAUGCCACAGGAAUGGGCCUGGGAGGUGGGCUGGACUCGCUAUGGACCAGAGGGAGAAAGCCAGCGUGUGGACUUCCCUGAGGAGUCAGCUUUGGUUUUUGAUGUGGAGGUGUGCAUUACAGAGGGACAAUGUCCAACCCUUGCUGUCGCCGUGUCUCCUACUUCCUGGUACUCAUGGUGUAGUAAGCGUCUGAUUGAGGAGAGGUACUCCUGGUCUAGCCAGCUGACCCUGGCUGACCUCAUCCCACUAGAGACCCCUAUCGACUCUGUCUGCCCUCCAGGGGAGAAGUGGGAGAAAAAACUGAUAGUGGGCCACAAUGUAAGCUUUGACCGGACAUACAUUAAGGAGCAAUACCUAUUAAAAGGUUCUAAGGUACGUUUCCUGGAUACCAUGAGCCUUCACAUAGCCAUCUCUGGACUGACAAGUCUCCAGCGCAUGUUGUGGAUGGCCAGCAAGCAGGGCAAGAGGAAGGGUCUCCAGGAGGUCAAGAAACACAUGAAGAAAAAGGGGAACAAAAGGGAAGGUCCAGUGAUUGGCUCCUGGGACUGGGCGAAUAUUAGCAGCAUCAAUAACUUGGCAGAUGUCCAUGCUCUUUAUGUGGGAGGUCAGCCACUAGAGAAAGAAGCCAGAGAAACCUUUGUAAAAGGCAGCAUGACAGACGUCCGGAACAAUUUCCAGGAGCUUAUGCGGUACUGUGCUAUGGAUGUUCAAGCCACUCAUCAAGUCUUCGCAGAACUGCUGCCCCUCUUCAUGGAGAGGUGCCCUCAUCCAGUGACAUUUGCUGGAAUGCUGGAGAUGGGUGUGAGCUACCUUCCUGUCAAUCAGAGCUGGAGACGUUACCUGGAGGAUUCUCAGCACACGUAUGAAGAGCUCCAGAGAGAGAUGAAGAAAUCUCUUAUGAACCUUGCAGAUGAUGCCUGCCAACUGCUUCAGAAUGAUAGGUAUAAAGACGACCCCUGGCUUUGGGAUCUUGAGUGGGACGUACAGGAGUUCAAACAGAAGAAAGUGACAGCCAGCAAGAAGAAAUGCUUGAAAAAAGAAGUUGAAAGCUCAGCCUCUACUCCUCUUCCAGACUGGGAGGAAGACCCAGGUCCACCUUCUGAAGAGGAGAUGGCAGGUGCCUGCCCCAGCAGAAUGGCAGUGGAGAGGCUGAAGGAGAUGGUGAACCGCCUUCCUAAGAGAAGGCAACACCUGCCCAGACACCCAGGGUGGUAUCGUAAGCUGUGUGAGAAGAUGUCUGAGGAGGACAGCUGGUCACCGGGUGCCAGCCUGAUCAGUUUACAGAUGAGAGUGACUCCUAAGCUGAUGGGCCUAACUUGGGAUGGCUUCCCCCUGCAUUACACAGAGAAGCAUGGCUGGGGGUACCUGGUACCUGGACGCAAGGGUAAUCUAGAAACCCAAGGGGAAAACGCAGGGCCUGUGUGCCCUCAUAGAGCUAUUGAAAGAGUUUACAGAGAGUACUGUGAGCAGAAAGGCAAAGAUCAACCUGAGUUUUUGAACCGUGAUCCCUCAGUUGACCUCAUGUUGACAGACAGCACAGUAUGGAAAGAGGUUGAGGAGUUGAGCCAACUGGAGAGUGUGACAGAGGACAAUGGAGUCAGAGUGACUGAAGUCAAGAAAAAUGCGCAAAAAUCCCAAGAUCCACAUUACCACCUAGAUGAGAGUAGUUGCCCCUUUCAUCAUGGAAAUGGACCUCACAAUGAUGUCAAUUUUCCUGGGUGCUGGUUUUUCAAACUGCCUCACAAGGAUGGGAAUGCCAACAACGUAGGCAGCCCUUUCUCAAAGGACUUCCUGUCUAAGAUGGAGGAUGGUUCUUUGAGGGCCAGGAGGGGGGGCACCAAUGCCACGCGUGCUCUGGAGAUCAACAAAAUGAUCUCCUUCUGGAGGAAUGCCCAUAAACGCAUUAGCUCUCAGAUGGUUGUGAGUUUGUGCAAAGGAGAACUUCCUUGCACCGUCAGCAGCCACGAAGACUAUGAUGAUGAGGGUCAAUAUGGUGCCAUAUUACCCCAGGUCAUCACUGCGGGAACAGUGACUCGUAGGUCAGUGGAGCCCACAUGGCUCACUGCCAGUAAUGGACGGUGGGACCGGGUCGGCAGUGAGCUGAAGGCCAUGGUGCAAGUGCCCCCUGGGUACCACAUGGUGGGGGCAGAUGUAGACUCCCAGGAGCUGUGGAUUGCUGCUGUCCUUGGAGAGGCCCACUUUGCUGGCAUACAUGGUUGCACAGCCUUUGGCUGGAUGACCCUGCAGGGAAAGAAGAGCCAGGGCACUGACCUACAUAGUCGCACAGCUGACACAGUGGGCAUCAGCCGUGAGCAUGCCAAGGUUUUCAACUAUGGACGCAUCUACGGUGCAGGGCAGCCCUUUGCAGAGAGACUGCUGAUGCAGUUCAAUCACCGACUUAGUCAGCCAGAGGCAGCCAGUAAGGCCAAACAGAUGUAUGCCCUAACCAAAGGCAUACGCAGAUACCAACUGUCUGACGAGGGGGUGUGGCUGAUGAAUGAGCUGGGUGUGGAAGUUGAAAAGGAGGAAGAUGGAAGCAUCUCCUUGCAGGAGUUGCGUAGAAUCACCAGGCUGGUCUCCCAGAGCUGUCGGCGGAGGAAAUGGGAUGUGGUUGGCCAACGUCUGUGGACUGGAGGCACAGAGUCAGAAAUGUUCAACAAACUGGAAAGUAUUGCACAUUCAGCCCAGCCAGCCACUCCUGUUCUAGGCUGCAGGAUUAGCAGAGCUUUAGAGCCCAAUGCAGUCAAGGAUGAGUUUAUUACCAGCAGAGUGAACUGGGUGGUCCAGAGCUCAGCAGUGGACUACCUCCACCUAAUGCUGGUGGCCAUGAGAUGGCUUUUUGAGGAGUAUGACAUCGAUGGACGCUUCUGCAUUAGUAUUCAUGACGAGGUGCGCUACCUGGUCCGCAGUGAAGAACGCCACCGAGCAGCACUUGCCCUUCAAAUCACCAACUUGCUUACACGAUGCAUGUUUGCCUAUGCGUUGGGGAUUCAGGACCUUCCUCAGUCAGUAGCCUUCUUCAGUUCAGUUGAUAUUGACCAGUGUCUGAGGAAAGAGGUGACUAUGGACUGUGUGACUCCGUCUAACCCCACAGGCUUGGAGAGUAGAUAUGGCAUUCCACAGGGUGAAGCCUUGGACAUUUAUCAGCUCAUUGACAUCACUAAAGGCUCUCUAGCUAAAGAAGAUAACAUGUAACUAGUAGGUUAUUCCAUGGAACAAGCCACUGGUCCAAAUUCUAAGUCCGUAAGGAACUUGGAGGACCUGCUUCAAAUCCAGAAAAAAAAAAAGACCACAGACUUUAUACAAAUGAGUGGAAACGCUUCAUCUCACUGUUUCCUCCUCUUCUUCUUGGGCUCCCGGGCCUCCUCUGACUCCUGUGAGACUGCAGUCUGAAAACAGACAAAAUAGAAAUGGAACUGACACAUAGUUGGAUCUUGUUCACCCAAAAACCCCACCAGUAAGGGACACCGUUUAGGACUGUGAAACUAGGAUUGAUCUAGGAUGGAUCAAAAUGUAUCCAGAAUCUAUAUGUAUCGGAGGAGGCAGGUGGUAGUCUGCAGCCCUUCCCGGAUCGACAGAGGGGGUGAAGCAGCGACCGGGACGGCUCAGAAGAGUGGGGUAAUUGGCCAAGUACAAUUUGGAGAAAAAAAAGGGGGGGGGGAUGUAUCCAGAAGAUGAAGUGUACAUCCUCAACUAUUCUCGAAUAGUCUUUAUAUUCAAAUUUGUGGCUAAAGUACUUUCUUUUGGAAAACAAGGAAAAUACAACAGUAAGCAACGGUUUGAAUAUUCUUUUAAGCUUGAAGGUUGAAAGAGUUUCAUCAAAGGUUGAAUCAGUUCAUUGACAAGCUAUGUUUCCUCACUCAACUAAGUGACAUUGUCGGUCUAAAGGCCGUGACACACCAGGCCGACGGUCGGCCAUCGGCCAAUGUCGAGCUGUCGGUGAGCAUCUGUGGCCCUGGUUUUUGCAGUGUGUCCUGCACCGGUGGCACUAGUCGGACCCCUGUUGGCAGCUUUUCAGCCGCGGCAGAGCCCAUCAGUGAGAGAGAUCACUCUGAUUGGCUGUUCAGUUUAGUGAAUCAGUGCACAAGAAGAGAAACGGAAUUUCCGAAAGCAAGCAAACGACGAAGUUUUGGGGUUUGAAAGCAACUGAGAUGUGGUAUUUGGAAAAUAUGCAUCUCAACUGUUUCGACACUCCCGCCACAUACGGAAUCACCAUUGGUUUACACUUAGGUAGCUGUUGUCGUUCUACUCUCUUCGAUUGGCUGGUACACUGUUGGGUGUCUUCCCGACUUUGAUGAACGCCCAGUUAGGAUAACCACACUUUACCAAGGCCUGUUUAAUGUGGGAUGUCUCCCCUUCCCUGGCCGCCAUGUUUGGGAUGGGGAGAAAUCCGUGGUGCAGUGUUGUGAUGACUCCUAGUUUGGGCUCCAGUGGAUGAUGAGAGUCAAACCUUAAGUACUGAUCAGUAUGUGUUGGCUUAUGGUAAACAUCAACAAUCAAUUGUCCCCCAUCACCAAUUGCAAUUUCACAGUCUAAGAAGGCUAACCUGUCAUUUUUCAUAUCCUCCCUGGUGAACUUGAUGUGGUUGUCCACCGAGUUAAUGUGGCUGGUGAAACGUGGUACAUCCCGAGAUUAAUUUUUAACCCAGGUGUCAUCCACAAAUCUGAACCAACGGCUAGGUGGUGUCUCUGGCUAGGACAUCAGAGCCCUCUUUCCCAUUUCCUCCAUAUACAAGUUGGCCACUACAGAUGAGACUGGGGAACCCAUAGCACACCCAUGCCUCUGCAUAUAGUACUGCACCCUGUAUGUGAAGUACGUGGACCGAAGACACAGCUUCAGGAGCAGACAUACUUGGUUGGUGUUAUGGGUGGUCCUAUUGCUAAGGAGGGGGUCGUUUUGUAAUUUCAUAUGAACUACCUCCACUGCUUCAUCAACAGGAAUGUACAUGGAGAGAUUUAACAUCAUAGAGACCAUUGUUUCAUCCCUCUCCAUAAUGAUGUCCCUCACGUUAUCCACAAAAUCCAUAGUGUUCUGAAUGUGAUGUUCAUUAUUGCCCUACCAACAGGUUAAGUAAAGAUGCAAGUAACUUAGAGAUGUUAUAGGUCACUGAGUUAAUCAUACAAGCAAUAGGCCGUAAUGUUUAUGUAGCUUAGAUAACCCAUACAGACUAGGUGUAGCUUCUCCUGGGUAUAAUCUGUGGUACAAAAUUCUGUCAAUAGCAUUGUCCUGUUCUAACAGCUUUAGACAGGGGCUCAUAAGUAUUUAUGUCAAUAAAUAAUGUCAUAACUUUCUCAUGACAGUCUGUCCAGUUUAAUACAACAGUGCAUCUGUCUUUGUCCGCUGGAAGGAUGAUGUUAUUGUCCUUACUGAGAGUCGUAAGAGCAUUCCUCUCGUCUCUACUGAUGUUGGAUGGCAGCGCAUUCUGUCGCCAUCUUACAAUGCUGUGAUUGCAAACAUUCUCAAAUCCUCUAUGAUAGUACACAUUGCCAUUGAAACUCUAGUUAAUGGUCACACCCAUAUUUGUCUGUGAAUGUUCUCAUUCAUCCAGGUCAUGGUUAUCCAAAGGAGUUGAAUCAAGUGCAACUGGACUUGGUAUACAAAGUCCAGUUGCACUUGAUUCAACUCCUUUGGCACACCCAUAUUUGCAUAUGAAACUGGUCAUUGGUUUCGGUUGUUAUACAAUUGUAUUGUUUAUAAGGGGUGGGGAUACCUGCAGUCAGUUUAGAAUGAUGAUGUCACUUAUUUGAGUGAUGAAACGUAUCUGUCAAUAAACGUAUCCAGAUGAACUGAUUCAACCCUCUUUGAUUUUCUUACCUGGAUUAUUGAGCAUGCAUCAAGACUCUUGAAAGAGUCUAUUGUAAUGGGACUGACUGGACACGAGAAAUGAAAAAGCACUAUACGUGAACUUGAAAUCAUUCUAAAAAGGACUUGUA